AUGAGCACUACAGAAGCUAUUGCGGCCUUGCAGGAGGCGUUCUCCCGGAUUCUUUUACCAGGUACCGAGCUCUACAACGAACGAAAUAAAUCGUACCUAGCUACCCAGGAAAGUGAAUUAGAACCUUUAUGCAUUUUUCAGCCUGUUAAUGCCGAAGAUGUAUGCCUCUUUCUCCGAAUAAUCAAGCCAUUCGCUUUGGGGGGCGAAAUUGCAUUCGCUAUCCGGGGUGCCGGAAACAUGCCCUUGCCUGGAUGCGCUAAUAUCCAUGGCGGUAUUACGCUAGACUUGGGGCUUUUAAAUUCUGUUGAGCUGAAGGAUAAUGUUGUUUCUAUCGGGGCUGGUGCUCUUUGGGGUACUGUAGAUAUGACGUUAGAGAAGGCGGGCCUGGCUGUUGCAGGUGGUCGAAGUGGAACAAGUGGAAUUGGUGGAUUGGCAUUAGCAGGCGGCCUUUCUGUAUUUUCCUCCCGGGAGGGUUUCAUAUGCGACAACAUUCUUAACUUCGAAGUUGUUCUCGCUUCUGGGAGUGUGGUAAAUGCCAACGCUCACGAGAAUAAGGACCUAUGGAUUGCCCUGAAGGGCGGUUCAAACAACUUCGGUGUCGUUACUCGAUUUGAUAUGCCUACCUUCAAACAGGGUCGUUUUUGGGGCGGCAACGUCCUUUAUUUCCCCGGGAAUUUUCCUGGUCAGAUCGAAGCCCUUGUCGCAGAAGUCCAGAAGCCAGAUGCAGACCCCAAUACUCACCUCAUGAUCAGUAUUGGAUAUUCAUCCUCUAUGGGUGGUAAUAUGUGUAUGAACACAGUUUACUAUACACAGGACGUUGAGAACCCAGCCGUUCUAGAGCCAUUCACGGGUAUCCAACCGCAGGUGAAACAGCCAGGCAUACCUAAGCCAUUAAGUCUUACCAUGAUGGCUUCGAGUCAGGCAGCUGGUGUCUCAAAUCAAACUCGGUGUGUUUAUAUGAACAUGACGGUCAGGGCUGAUAAAACUACACUACAAGCAGCUUGCGACAUCUACACAGCGGCCAUAGUUCCUCUUCAAUCAUGUGAAGGGUUAACUAGUUCGCUGACCUUCCAGCCUUACCCGGUCUCUCUAUUACAGCAGUCGGUUGCGAAAGGUGGGAAUUCUCUAGGUCUAGACUCCUCGGGCGGGCCGGUGAUAUCAGUCCUCUUAUUGAAUUAUUGGAAGAAUAAGAGCGACGAUGGGCGAAUUCGCUCGGUGAUGAAAGGGGUUUUGGAAUCAAUCCGCGCAAUGGCCAAAGAGAAUAAAACGGCAUUAGAAUUCGUUUAUCUGAAUUAUGCCGCAGACUUUCAGGAUCCGAGUGCUUCCUAUGGUCCUAGGAACAAACAAAUGCUACAGGAAGUAAGCAAGAAAUACGACCCCGACGGACUUUUCCAGAGAGGUGUUCCUGGUGGGUUUAAACUGUUUAGAUGAUGCACUACCUGAACUUCAUUUUGGGAUACACAUGAGGAAACCGAGUUGUUAGGGGUAGCUCUCAGAAAAUA